AUGUCCUCUAAUAUUUCCUCAAACCAUUCAACAUUGUUUACUAAAGAUAAUAGCACCCAAAUGUCUUCAAAUACAAAUUCGCCAACAGAUAACGGUACUACUGCUGACUCAAGUCCUGCUGAAGGAAUAAUGGAACAAUAUUAUGUACUUGAACGAAAAGCUCGCUCCUAUUUUACUGCAGCGGAGAUAAACCAUAGCCAAGAAAUUCGUGGGUUCUCUACUCCAAAAGAGAAUAAGUCACGUGUGCAAUGGUGUUCAUUUAUCGUUGCCGUGGGAAACAAAUUGGGAUUUCCUCUUAAUACAAUUACGACGUCACAAAUCCUUUUCAAUCGGUUCUAUCUGUUUCACCCAGAAAAGGAUUUUUCCACACAGAAUCAAAAAUCUGAUUUGAGCAUCACCUGCUUGUUUGUGGCGACAAAGAUCGAAGAGACCUAUAAGAAACUAAGAGAUAUAUUAAUUGAAGCGUACAAAGUUCGACAUCCCGAAAUUUUAGAUGUAAAUUCUGACAGUCAGAUUUUUGAGGAACAACGAAAACGUAUCAUUCAAAUGGAAAGAUUGGUGGUGGAGACCAUUUGUUUUGAUUUUCAUAUCUGUCCUCCUCACCAAUUAUUAAUGAAAUUCGUGAAGAAGUAUAAAGCGGCUGCCUCAAUCUUGUUGGCAGCCAAAUUGUUACAUAAGACAAAUUUCCCUGAAACCAGGGGAGGAGUUCCCUGGUAUGAAGUUUUCUUGUGCAAAUUAGAAGACAUUGAAGAAAUCUGCCGGCAGCUCUUGGAUCACUUCAUGAGAUCGGAUUCAGAUGAUCCGAUGUAUGAUGAAUUGAUGAAAUUAAAAAUUUCUUUUAACUCGACAGCGGUCUAUCAAACUUUAAAUGGGAUUGAGGGAGUACGACCCUUAAUACAACCGAUAGAAGGGGAUCAAAAGCAAUACACAGUCCGAUAUACAUUCAGGGAUGAUCACGGCGAACCACAAUCACCCCCAACAACCAAAAAUUAUCCAGUUGAGACACCCACUAAGGAGCGUUCAAAGCAACAGCCUCCAGCUAAGUGCAAUGCCAGUAACCGUCACCUACACGACCACCUUUUUGAUCAUGGUCAUGUCCUGGCAGAUAAUAUCAGAGCAUUCUUUGAAAGAUUUGAAGAUGGAAACUCAAGGAAUGGCGAAAUGGACAUUGACAUUGAAAAUGAUAACCCCGAAAAUUAUAAAUAUUUAAGACAACUUGCAAGUAACAGAGCCCACGAUGGUUUACUUCAUAGAAUUCAAAGGAAUGUUCGACGUUAUAUUGAUUUAUUCUAUCAAGUUAUUGAUAAUAAAGAUGAUGGAUUAAUGCCAAAACCUACAAAAACGGUCGGGAUAGAGGAUGAUGCUAUUGAUGUACUCAUGCAACAUAGGAAAGAUAGAGAUGCACAAAGACCUGAGGGAGAUAGAGGAUAUUUUCCAGCUACAUUGACAAGAAGAUAUACCCUUUAUUUUAAACCAUUAAAAGAUGAACAAGCACUUUCAAUUCGUAAAGUUGGUGGUUUUCAUGUCGGUCAAUUAGUUACUGUACAAGGAAUAAUUACUCGUGUACAUGAUGUGAAGCCAUUCUUAGUUGUUGCCGGAUUUACGUGUGAAAUGUGUGGUGAAGAAGUUUUUCAAGAAGUAACCAAAAAAACUUAUCAUCCACUUGUUGAAUGCCCUUCAGAAAAUUGCAGAACUAAUAAUGUUAGAGGAAAGUUACAUAUGCAAACUCGAUCUUUACCUGUGGGUCAUAUUCCUAGAUCGAUGACUAUAUUUUUAUAUGGUCCUUUAACACGUACAACAAAUCCUGGUGAUAUCGUUAGUAUAUCUGGAAUUUUUCAAGCGACUCCACAUCAAGGACAUCGAUCCUCAAACACUCUCUUGACAGACGUUUACUUGGAAGGUCAAAAUGUUCGUCAACUUAAAAAACAAUAUGAUAAAAUGGAUAAAGAUCCUAUAAUUCAACAAAGGGUUCGAGAACUUGCUAGGGAUCCUAAUAUUUAUACUUUAUUGGCAAAAAGUAUUGCACCAGAAAUAUAUGGUCAUGAAGAUGUAAAAAGAGCAUUAUUAUUACAACUCAUUGGUGGUGUAACCAAAACAAUGGGAGAUGGAAUGAAAAUAAGGGGAGAUUUAAAUAUAUGUCUUAUGGGAGAUCCUGGUGUAGCCAAAUCACAAUUACUUAAAUAUAUUUGUAAAGUAGCUCCACGAGGUGUUUACACUACAGGUCGUGGAAGUUCUGGUGUUGGUUUGACUGCAUCAGUAGAACGAGAUCCUGUUACUGAUGAAAUGAUUCUCGAGGGCGGUGCUUUAGUACUUGCGGAUAACGGAAUUUGUUGUAUUGAUGAAUUUGAUAAAAUGGAGGACGGUGAUCGAACAGCCAUUCAUGAAGUGAUGGAACAACAAACAAUUAGUAUUAGUAAAGCAGGAAUCACUACUACAUUGAAUGCACGUACUUCAAUUCUAGCAGCCGCAAAUCCGAUAUAUGGACGUUACAAUCCCAAGUUGUCUCCUACACAUAAUAUUAAUCUUCCUGCUGCUCUUAUGUCGAGAUUUGAUAUCUUGUUUUUAAUUUUAGAUAGACCCAAUUUUGAUUUAGAUGAAGCAUUGGCGCAUCAUGUGGCACACGUUCAUCGUAGUGGAACUCAUCCAACAAUGGAUACAGAAGUAUUAGAUGUAAACACGAUCAGACAUUAUAUCGCAGAGGCUCGCACAAAACGACCAAUUGUUCCAUCCGAACUUGGAGAAUACAUUGUUGAUUCAUACGUCAAAAUUCGUCAAGAACAAGCCAAUGAACAAGCUCGUAAGAAGGAACAUUCUCAUAUAAGUCCUCGUACAAUUUUGGCAGUUAUUCGAAUGGCAACAGCUUUAGCAAGAAUUCGACUUGCCGAUAAAGUUGAACGAGAAGAUGUUCAAGAAGCAUUAAGAUUGCUUGAAGUAUCCAAAGAUUCAUUGAAAGAUAAAUCUGAUCCAUCUAAUAAUAAGUCAUCUAUAUCAGCAAUUUAUGCAAUCAUAAACGAUAUAAGAGAUAGAGAAGAUAAUUCUACUUUGGAUUACAAUCAAAUAGCACAAGAAGUAACUUCACGUUAUACUGGAGAUCAAUUAGAAGAAUGUAUUUUAGAAUAUGAGAAAGUUAAUAUAUGGAAAAGAAAUGAUGAAAAAACCACAUUGACUUAUAUUAAUAGAGAAGACGACGAUUAG